ACGACAAGCCCAAACAAAAACCCAAUAAAAUCUCGCCUGGCCUCUCGCAGUCCAGCCAGCCCCGUCGCCCACCCCAAUCUCCACGCGUCGCCGCCGCUCGCCGGCGCGUCUAUUCCCCUCCGCCACGCUGCCGAAGCUUCCCGGUCCCUGCAGCGGUUCGGAUAAGGCGGCCGCCCGCCCGCCACCCGCCCUCCUUUCGCCCCCCACUCCUCUCGGUCCCGGGACCGCUUCGGGCUGGAUCUAGGGUUGCGUGGGGAGCUCUGGAAGCCUCCGCCGCGAUGGACGAGGCGGACGAUGAACUUCGCACCUUGAAGGUCGGCUUCACCGCCGCCGGAGAGGAGCAGUUCCGGAAGCUCGUGGCGGAGAAGCUGCGGGGGUUCAAGAGGGACGUGGACCACACCCUCGUGGAAUAUGUUACUAUCAUGCUCAAGAAUGGAAAGCGUAAGGAUCUCGCCAGUAAAGAACUCCGUGUAUUUCUAGGGGAUGAUACUGCAGUAUUCAUUUCCUGGUUGUGGGACCAUCUUUCUCUAAAUAUGUACUUAUAUGUGCAAGCACAAGAACAAACUCAGGAGGUUAAGGAUGAUGAAGCCCCCAAAGAAGUAUCUGGAAGAGAAAAAUCAUCAGAUGUGCUCCCGAGAAGCAAAUGUCAAACUCAUAGUGAGCACACAGUUGAAUCAAGUGCAGCUAGUACUAGGAAACGGAAUAAGCGGGAAUGGAAAGGAAUUGGUCGGGAGGGUAAUGAAAAAUUUCCACUUCGAAAUGUACUAACUGAUAUUCUUCACGGGGAGGAGAAAAGAUCGCAAAAGUCCAAUGAAAUACGACACCCUCCAUCAAAACAACAGAACGGCAGAAAGCGUGACAGGGAUGAUGAGCCACAGCAAACAAAGAGAGACGUCUCAUCACGCCCCAUGCUUGGUGGUGGUGCUUCCCGUCGUCUUCUACAGUUUGCUGUUCGAGAUGCAGUAAAAGCUGUACAGCCAACCAGCACCAAUGCUGAACCAGCAUCCAAGCGUCUGCGCUCUGUGGUUGCCACUACUUCUGCAGAGAACAUGCAUGAUAGGAGAUCAGAAAGAUCUCAGGACUACCUGAACGAUAGAAGAUCAGAAAGAUCUCAAGACAACUUGAGUGACAGAAGAUCAGAAAGAACUAGGCCAAUGCUACAGGUACAAGGAGCUGCUUUAGCUCUUAGAGCUGCAGCGGAAGCUGCUGCAGAUUCUACAAAGGUUAGAUCUACUGGAAGUGUUUUCAAGCGAUUGGGUCAAGGGAAUGUUGUGAAACAGCCAUCUCGUUCUCGUGAUGAGAAGAGAGAUUUCGAAGAUUUUGAGCCAGCUACGACCGCAGAUGAACAUGAUUCUGAUCGAUAUGUUAAUAAUGAGGAAUCUGAAGAGGAAUCUGGAGAGCUGACCAUGGCAGAUAGGGUAGCUGGAAUGAAUGUUGAUUCGAGCUCUGAGGAUGAUAUGGACCGAGAUGAGGGGAUUACAAGAUACCAAACUUCUCUUUCACAUGAAGAUACUUUCUCACCAUUUGCAGAGAAGAAAACUGUAUCAGCACAAUGCAGCGUCGAACCAGAGACCGAUGCAAUAAGGCCUUCAAGUGUGAAUGACAAGGAGCAACCUGUUCCUUCAUCAACAAAAACAGCAAGUAAAGCUGUGGCUAUUUCUGUUGAUGUAAAUAUGGUGGAACCUUCCAGUUAUGAAACACCAAAAGAUGUUCAUGUUGUGGAGAAGCCUUAUGUUACACCCAUGAAUUCAAAUGCCACCACACUGGCUACCAAUGCCAAAGAAGUAGGCCAUGCAGAAGCUCAAAAGGAUUCUCAGCGGUCUGCACCAUCUGUUCCGGUUUCAUAUAGCACAGCGCAUCCGACGGAGGAUGCAGAUUCGAGAACACUUUAUGUUAGCAAUGUUCACUUUGCUGCCACCAAGGACUCAUUAUCUCGCCAUUUCAACAAGUUUGGUGCAGUUCUAAAAGUAGUCAUUGUCACUAAUGCUGCAACGGGCCAGCCAACAGGGUCUGCCUAUGUAGAGUUCUUACACAAAGAAUCAGCUGAACGAGCGUUGUCGUUGAAUGGCACAUCAUUUAUGACUCGCAUUCUCAAGGUCGUCCGGCGAAGUUCUCAUGAAGCAGCUCACUUUUAUGGUUGGCCUGGUAGUGGACGGUCAUCAUUAUAUGGUAGGCAUGGUAGGAUGGCAUACCCAAGAGCUGUUCUCCCCGGUGGUUCCUUUAGAGGGCGUGCUCCGAUGAAAGCUGGCGCUAGAAGUUUACAGUGGAAACGGGAGCCUUCAGGCACUGAUUCAAGUGCAGGUGCGAAAACUGACAUGAGUGUGCCAUUUUCCUCUGAACAGGUGCUCCCACCUGCAACAUAGGGAUAUUAUAGUUGAGCUGAUAUAAUGAGAACCGAAUGGUAUCUUACUCAUCGCUCCUAAUGGCUGAAAAUGGACAGCAAGCUGAGAAGAUUGUUCCUUCCUGCUGCACUGUAAAAAAAAGUCCAAAAAAAGCAUGAAAAUACAAAAAGCUAAAAAUAAAAAAAUGUGGGGGAGUUUGGCAUCAGAAUAUGGCUAUCAUUGGAUUUGGUCCUCUUCACCAUAUGCGAGUAGGCUGACAGCCUGAGCAAUUUUCUAUGGACUCCAGCAAUCUGAAGAGGAUUCACAUUUGAAAUAAUCACAACUUUUUGGUUGUGUUGGAUGGAAGAUGCUUAUCAAGUAGAACAAGAUGGGCAGAUUUUGGAUGAGGUAUUUGGUGAUAAUCUGGGCAUCAUCGAUGUAAGCCUCAACUGUAUAGAAGUAACCUAUCUAUUUGUACCCUAAUCUGAAUCAAUCUCUUUCCCAACAAAAAAAAAGGAAACACAAAAAUGUGUUGUUCUCUUUCAUUUUUCUCUCAUGAACUGUUUAUUUAUUGUACUGAGUUGAUUUUUUAGUUGGACAUUCAUUUUUUGUCAAAUGGUUUAACAA